CAGCAGCGCUGGAGUGCUGCGAUCCUCUCCGCUCUGCCUGUUGCCUACUGCUGCUGAGGGAGGGAACUGCUGGCUUAUGCUGUUUCCAUCCAAGCAGUGAAGCACACAAAGAGAAAUCUCCUUAUCUUCUGCUUCUAUUGCCUACGAAGAACAGAGCACCAGCUCUGAUGCUGUUGAGUCAGAUUGUAAAUUGACAUCAAGACUUGGAAUAAGAGCCAUACCUGACAUUAAACCACACGAAUUCAAGAGCAAAGGAGAAGACAGCAACAGAUAUGCCAAAUGCACUAAAAAUGCACUGAAUCCAACAGUAAGACUGCAAAUCUUUUUUGUACUAAUCCCACUACCUAGGAGGAGAUAUGCCUUGAUACAUCACCAGCAAGCUCAUGGUCCGAACCAGCGGCUCUAGUGCCUAAUCCCAAAACUCCUGCUUCUGAAAGACAGACAACUUUUCACAAUGCGUUACAAGAAACUGGAAAUUCUAUAUUCCAAGCAAGCAUCAGUAACCCUGGAUUAACACAGAAACUUCCCAACAGACACCAACAUUCCCCAUCUCAUGCAGGGAUAAACCACCUGCUGUUGGAAAAGCCAGCAGAAAACUUGCUCUUUUUGGAAAGCAGCACUUGCAAAGAUUGAAAUUAUACAACCCCUUGCAGAUCAAUUUGGAAGGAGAACCAAAGCAUCUCACCUUCCGAAGGAGGUGGCCUACUAGAAGCAGCAGCCAAGGAUUUUGAGAACAAAAUAGAAGAUUGGUGGCCAUGUAAAAUACAAGUCUAGCGCUUGUUAUCAUUAUAAUAGCAACUAUGGUUUACAAAGGCUUAUUAUUUGCAGUCUGCUAACUCUGUGAAACAGAUAGAGGACAAGAGGAUAGCAUUUCCUCCUGAAUUUUACACAGAAGUCAUAUCACCAUCUGUCUUCUUUUGACCUACUUUUUGAGACCAGUGAGGUAAGACAUUGAAGUUUUGAAAGUAAACAGAAAAAAUGUAACGAAGUUGACAGCAAUGACUGAGAUUUCUUUCAAAUUCCAUGGAAACUUGACUGGACGCAUUCACUAUCCAACUCUGGCUACAGAAGUAGACAAAGCAGCAGAUAAAUAUUCUGGUCUCUAUGUGUAUGUGGGAUUGUUCUUAACAGUUCUGGCUAUCCUUCUCAUAUUGCUUUUCACCUUGCUUUUGCGCCUGAAGCAUGUUGUUUCCCCAGUCACCACACCUCCAGAGAGCACUGAGAAUGUCCAGCAGUUCACAGAUGUGGAAAUGCACUUCAGGAUUCCUACCACUUAGAGACCCCCGUGAAAAGAUGUGGUGGAAGGAACUUCUGCCCAACUGUAUGAGCCCUGUAACUUACUGCAUAACCAUCAACAGCAGCACAAAAGACCUGGUGUCAUGAACUCAGACACUGACUGGCUGAGACCCACUGGCUGUUCACCAGGCAACGUGUGCAAGACCCUCAAUAAAACUUACAUUAUGAAAAUCAUUGCUGUCAGACUCGUAAUCCUCUAAAAACCCUUUCAGAAUAUGAUGAGAAGUGUAACCAGGAAAGAUAAAACAAAGAGGUGCAUAUCAGAACAUGUACUGGAGUCUGUAUUUGCUGUCCUAUUGCUCUGCUUUUAAGUUCUUUACCUGAGAAGAGACUACUCAAAGUUAUUUGACUAAGUGCAAAAAGCCUACAGGGCACAUACAGAAAUAACUGGUGGUCUGGAAAUUCUCAGACAUUUCUCCUAUUUAAGAAAGAUAAUAUUAAACAUCUUUCCUAGUUGAAUGGCAUGUUUGUACAGCAGACUUUCAGUAGUAAACAAAUGUUUCAUCACCUGCUGGAACUAUUGGUUUCUCACAUUGAACUGUUUCCCAUACAGAUAUCAGAAAGAGCACUUAAAAGAAAAAAAAAGUAUAAAAUAAAAACAAAACAGCAGGAAAGAAAAUGUUAAGACACUACUUCUUUGUUGCUCUCUAAAUUGACUGAGCAGAUUACAGAUGCAGUCAUAUCUUCCAGCCUUCCCAGUAUCACUUGGUAACUAAAAUGGAUUGUAACAUUUGGCAAUCAGAUGGAUAUUGGUUUCCUAACAGACAAAUUCAGAAUAAUUUUCAAUCUCAUUCAUGUUGGGUUUUCUUUAGAGAAAGACAGAUGACUUCUUUCCAAGCUUUUCUAGUUCUUUUUCUCCUUUUUCUCUACUAAAGUAGAAAAAGCUAAAGAAAUGCCAAAAUCUGGCACUGCAAUAAUGAAGAGUGAACAGCUUUGGAUAUAGUCUAGUAGGGAACAUGCAGAUAGAACGCAAAACAGACUGAGCACUAAAAGACAGAACUGGAUUCAAAUAUCCUGAUGAAUCAGUUAAAAGAAUGAGGAGAAAUGCUUACUUGAAUUUAUGAAGCAGCAACCUGACCCCAAUCCUCUCACCUAUGAAAGAUACAGAAAUAAGUUUAUCUGUGUAAAUGUGAAAAAAGGAAUAAAAUAAGGCAUAUCAAUUUCACUGCAUCUUAGAGGUAAACUUUGAACAAUAUUCUACUACACCUCUGAAGAGCAUGGAUUUCACCCAGCUUAUCUUCUCUAUUACAGAACAUCUCUAACAUGGUAAUAAACUCCUCUGGUACUUUUCACUGUUUUCUGUAUACACUUACUGUCAAUUCACUUUGUCCUCUCAGGGCCUGAAAAGUGCAUACUCCCCACGUAAAAACAUCGCUACAAAUAGAGAUGACACUCCCUCCACAGUCAGUGCCAGAAACAGUAAAUUGUUUCUCAGAUGCUUCAUGUUCACAGGUUCUUUACUUACACUUACAGGCCUGUGUAUGGGUGAGCUGUUUUUAUGAGAAAUUGCUUUUUUAGCCAAUUCUGUGGGGGAGAAUAGAAUAACAAAUUACAUCCAUGCUAAGUAUGGUUGGUCCACUGAUGUAUUUGGCACAAAGCUAUUUAAAAACCCUGUUUUCUCAUAUUGAAUAGCACCAUUUAUAUAACAUUAACCUAAUCUAACAUUUAGUCUGUAAAAUAGCAUGUUGACCGUGUAACAGGAAUACAGCAGCCAUAUACAUCUACCUGGAAAAGAAGGUAAAAAGCUAGAUGUCCACAAGCUUUCUGCCAUGAGCACAACACAGAUCAGCAGGCAGGAUGGUUGGGUCCUCCAGGAGUGCUACUUUCAGCACUGCAAGAGAGUCCAAAUUCUAUGUGAUGACAAUUUGAGCAUUAACCCAGCUAAGACAUGUGGCUGCUACAUUAGUCAAUGACACUUAAGUGUAAUGAAAACCUAUGCAGAUUAAGUUGGCUUGGUACACAUCAUCCAUUCAGCUAUCAGGGUGCAGUCUAGCCCAGGGUCAGCAUCCAGCUUGCUUUGUAUGACUUCUCAGUUUACUUGAUGCUCCAUUUCAAACUUGUAAUUCAUUUACGAUUCAAAUAAACUAUCAUACCAAAUCAGCAACUGAAACAUUAACCUUCCAGCACACUAUCUGUGGAAAAGCUUUCUUUAUGAGAAGCAGUAGAAAAUAUUCAAAUAUUAACAAAAAAAUAUUAAGCCUACUAAUGAAAAAUGACAGUAUCAGAAUCUGAGCUUCCUCGUGGCUCUGAUCACAACUGAAAAGCCACAAGAAAUGAGUCAGGACUGGGUUUUUUGCCUUGUUAAUUCAGAAGAGCCUUGUAACCCUUUAAAAGUUAUUCAGUGUAUAGUUUAUACAUCAUUACAUCAUAUCUUAGUGAAACUGUGCAUUUGCAUAACAGUACUAAACGCCAUAUUUUCUAAUACAAAAAAAAACCACCAAGUCUUCCUUUAAAUUUCCUUCCUUUCAAACAAAGUAUCAGUCCGCUGAAUCAUCUACAUUCUCAGAGAGACUGAGUGCAUCAUUCGUACAAUGCCAGCAAAUUUUAAAGCUUGCAUUUCCUAUUUAAAAUAAAAAUAUGCUUUUUCUCCCCAUUUCAUUUUCAUUUGUAAAAUUCAAGACAUGAUGCCUGUAAGAAAAGAGACUGUUGAGGUGUUUUGACCUGGGUUUGCUGAGGAGACAUGAGUCAGCUACUAGGAAUGCUAACAGUAACAUCCGCAUGGAUCUGCUGGAUCUGAAAGCAUCACAUCCACACCACCUCCUUCUGUCAGUUUGUUUCCUUCUCAUUUAUUUAC